UUGUAUGUACUCACCAGUCACCACCUUCCCUCUACUGUUUGAAACCAACAAAUCAAACACACACAUACAACUUGGAAGUUCGUCUUUCUUUUUUUUAUUUUUUAUUUUGUUUCUCUACUCUCUUCUUCUCAUUCCACACUAGCUACCUAUAUUGUGAAUAUGUUUGGAUUAAAUCCAAAACUAUCCUAUUUGAUUUUUCUCGUUGUUGUAGUUGUGGGACUGUUUUCAUAUUCAGUUCAAUCCAUGAGGUUUGAUUUGCCAUCUGGUAAACAUAGAUGUAUGGCUGAAAACAUAAACAAGAAUACAAUGGCAUUUGGGAAUUACUCAAUCGUCAAUCCAAACGUGGGUCAACCUUUGCCUGUUAACCACACCAUCACUGUUCAGGUGACUACGACUGGAGGUAAAGUGCAACAUCAUUUUGCAGAGGGUGUUCAAGCAGGAGAGUUUUCAUUUGUGGCACGUCAAAGUGGGGACCACAUUAUAUGUUUCUGGGUUACAGCUGAUGAUCCCAAAGCAACACUCUCUAUUGAAUUUAUAUGGAGAACCGGAGUCGUAGCCAAAGAUUGGUCCAAUAUUGCAAAGAAAAGCAAAGUUGAUAGAGUGGGAUUUGAGGUAGAAAUGUUGACUCAUACUGCUGAGCUCAUUAAGGAGGAGAUGAUUAGUCUUCGUAAACUAAAUGAAGAAAUGCUAGCGGUCAAUUGGAUAACUGAUACCAGAAUGUGUCACUUCAUUUUCCUUUCAUUUUUUAUUACAUUUUCAGUAGCAGGGUUGCAACUAUGGCACUUGAAGAACUUUUUUGAGAAAAAGAAAUUCAUAUAAUUAGUUUGUUAUUAUUCAAUUAUAGACCUUAGUUAUCUCGUGAGCUCUGUAAAAUAUACAGGCAGUAGUUUACAGUAUAAGUCAUAAUGUGAUAUAUAAAUUGUAUCAGAUUAUCCUCUCUUUUUAAGUUGAAAUCAGUUUUAUGGAAAAUAAUAAGCUGAGGAAGUUGUUGAUUCUC